UCUUGUACCUGUAUCUUUUAACAGGUUUUAGCUCUGGACAUAUCCUUAAGACCAGAGCAGAUUACGGACCUUGCUGAAAGAAUUACAUUUACAAUCGAGUCUCUUACAAAUAUUGAUGCCAUUAUUGAUGCUACGAGGAAUGAUCUGGACCUGGCUGUGCAUCUUAAAGAGCGUGCUGACCAGGCUAAGAGGAAAGCUGAAGGAACAUUAAGUGUUGCAGAACGUGUUGUGGAGGCCCUCAAUGAAGCUGGUGCUGCUCAAGAAGCUGCAGAGGAGGCUGUUCUUGAAAGCCAGUGAUGAUAUACAGGCCACACAGACUCAUCUAACACAGAUCGCAAGUGAAACUAGCGUAGCACAGGCCAAAGCAAAUUCUUCUUUAAAAGAAGUGCAAGAAUUAGAGAGCCGUGUUGAAAAGGUGAAGAUACAGUAUAAAAUCAACCAACGACAUCUUGAAGAUACUACAAAUGCUGUGAGUCAAGCUGCCCUCAAAGCCCAGCGUGCAGCAAACGAUGCUAAGCAGCUUGAAGAUCAAUAUCUGAAUGUAGCAGAAAUGCUACAGAUAAAGGCUGAAGCAGCAGAGCAAGCCAGAAUUAGAGCUGAAGAGCUUAAAAAGAGAGCAAAUAAACUAGCAUCAGAAGCUUUUGCAAAAUUAGCUACUCUAAAAGAAAUGGAAGGAAUCUUCCAGAACAACGAAAAUAUACUCGAAAACUAUGAAGAACAAAUUCGGCUAAUGGAAAUAAGCAUGGUAGAAUAUCACGAAUACAUAUCAGAGAGGACAGAAUUCUAUGCCACAUGCGAUUCUGGAACUCGCUGAUGUUCCUUAAUCCAGAUAUAGCUCGAGAUAGCAGAUGUGAGCUUAGGACAAAAUAUUUCAAAUUUACAACAAUUAGUUCAUUAUUAACUAAAUUUCAUAAGGUUUAGUAUAGAAAAAUUACAAAUUACUAACUUCAUUUUUACAAUACAUGAAACAGCUAUUGUAAAUAAAAUAAUAUACAAAUAUAAAGCAGCCAUACCAUAACAUUCAAGUAAUUUAUAGGGUGACCAGUUUUGAGUGAUACCAAAAUAUAAAUGAUUACUUUUAAAUCCAUUCUCAUCAUAGACAACUAAGCUCUGGUAAAAAAGAUAUAUUAGUUGCACACUCUUAGACACUUGUUAAUGUAAUUUAUUUGUUAUAUACUAUAUUUGUGGCUUUUAACUGAAUUCCAUUUAUUUAAAUCUAGAAUUUUAUCACUUAAUUCUUGUAAUUCUGAUAUUACAAUUCUUAAUGAAGACUUUCGUCAGAUAAACCAUGAGUGUACAUUAUGGUGAUAUUUUACAUAAAUGGAGACUUAAACUGUGGUCCGUGCGCUGGGCUUCCUGUAUGCAUGGACUACAGUGCAAGUCCCCAUUUGUUUUUCUUUUAUGUUCAUAUAUGCAUGUGUGCAUAUACUUGGAAGAAGGCUUCAUACAUAGUUUUAAGAGCAGGUACAGUAGGACCCACAAGGCUAAGAGGGAGUGUAUCUGACGAGUGGCAAGUUAAGAGGCAGGGCCAGGAUUUGAGAAUAAACCCCUACACUGUACUGUUCCUUCCACAAAAAAUGGGUAAGGCUUACAUGGUACAGUACCAGUGACUUAGAAAUUUAAUACAAAAAUUGUAUCAGUUUUAAUAUCAAAUUUAACACAAACCCCUAAAAGGGAUAUAUCAGUUUUAAAUAUGCUAAAAAGAAACAAGCAGUUUUACCAUCACAGAAAUGCUUAGAGAUGGUUUUGUAGCUCUGCUGAACCGCAGACAGCUAUGAAUCAUAUGUUUGAUUAGCCAACACUUGUGCCACAUUUCACUGUGCAAUUUUCUCAUUUAUGAUACUGACACUGAAGAAUUUAUCUGACCUUAAACAACUUGUUCCACUUGCUUGUUGACAGAAGUGUUUUGAAAUGGCUAUGUGACCACAGUGGUAGAUGCUUUCUGCCAUACAUUGACAUGUUGAACUGUAUGUUGUUAAUGUUAUUAUUUUAUAGUUUUAACCUCCCAAGUGUAAAUAGACUAUCUUUCACACAAAGAAAAAUUUGAUAUACUCUACAAGUGACACUGCUGGGAAAAACUUCAUUGAUCUUUCUGAAUACCUGAUAAUAAUUGAGGGUCUGGUCAUUCAUCUGCACACUGCCAUAACUUACUGUAAUGAGAAAUAUGGGAGGAAUUAUAGAAUAAACCCAGUGAAAAGCAGGGAUGCUAUAGGUAUAAUCACAGAACAUAGUUUCAACAUUCCUGGCCAAGACUUCAACCUGCUACCAAAAGGUUUCAGAAAUAUUACCAGAACAUAGACUAGGGUUGUUUUCAAGAGGAAAUUGAAUCAUCUACAGUUGCCUAAUCAGCUGGGUUAUGAAAAAACUCUGUAGGUCUGUGGGCUGCUCACACCGACAACCUGGUAUACCAGAGGGUCAACAGGAGAACCCGGCCUCAGGCUAGGCUGCAAAAUCAAUCACAGGUAUAUCUGUUGUGACUUGUGUGCUGCUAGGAUCUGUACAAGCUCGGGGUGCCACUUGCAUACAGUAUUUGUUAAAUGUAUUGCAGUGUGUGGGGUUGUGCAUAUUUUAUGAGAAACUCCAUGCACAAUUGACAUGACAAUCAUUUAACCAGAAAGCCAUGGCAUCAAUCUGACCAAUAUUUGGUAAAUGUGUUACAGCAUUACACAGUAGUUACAAAUAAUAAAAGUGGAUUAUUUCAGUUUUAUUUUGCAAGAGUUACAUGCAAUUAGGAUACCACAUCCAGGCUCUUUCAGAUUAUACAAACUUGCCAGUCAGCACUCAGUCCACAUUACAUUUUCCCAGAAACCCAUGGCAGGCAUAUUUGACCAAUUUGUCAUCUCUUGUGGAGAUUUUUUGUUUUUUUUUAGCUGCCUGCCAUUACAAACACUGUUCGAUGGCAGCUCUCGACUACAUUUUUUUUUUCGUUAAAAAACGCCUUAUUUUCAUUAUUUCUGGCUGAGAUUAUAUUUAUAUGUAAGCCUGGACAGUCCUUGCUUACUGUAGUAAGAAUGAUCUUGGAUCAUUAAUUUUAGAUUGACAAGAAUGUUUACAGUACCUAUUUGAGUCUGCAGUGGGAAAAAAUUUUAUCUCCUGAUCCUGCCUUUCAACCUUUGACCAACUUACAAAUCAUAUGUAUGCAUUUUUUUUUUUUUUUUUUUUAAUUCUUGUAUGGAAUUUGCUCCAACUAUCACUGCUCAGCUCAUUCCCAUUAUUUACUAUGCUUACAUUGAAGAAAGACUGUCCCUCAGACUAUUUUUGUAUGUGUGUGCAAUUUCAAAACAUUUUUUGUUCUUGUUACAUCAACUGAGAUCUUAUCCUGUGCCUCAGUAUCAUGAUCAUAUUCCUUCCUAUUCACAAUUUUUCCAAUGACAAAAACUACAAAAAAAAUCUGCACAAUUACUCCAUAUUUCUUGAUGCUGGAGAGUGGGGCUCUUGAUCCAAGAAAUUUGGCCUGAUCUCCCCUUCCUUGGAUUGAACAUGAUUUAGCACCCCUCCCAUGAAUAUAAUAAUUACACCAUAUCACAUGACCUCUUCCGAUGGAAUAAGAUAUGAGUCACCUGUCACUGAUUAUGUCUUUCUUUAUUUAAGCUUAACAGGCCAUGUAAUAUGGUAAAAUGUUACUGGUUCUUUGUUUGUUAAACUGCGCUUUUCUGUCUUGUAUGUUCAUGUUUGUGAAAUCAGUAUUAUAAAUGCACACACAAGGACCCCCAACUUAUAUACAACUUCUGUACAUGUGCUGUAUACUUGUGUGCCCAUCGAAAUGGGCAAGUUACUUUAAGUAGUACAGUAGCUUUUCAGUGUAAUGGUACUGAACUAGUGAUAUGAGCUAGGUGAAGUGGUAGUGUUGGCAAAGAUAUUAGCAAGUACAUAUGUGUAUGUAUAUUUACACACACAUAGUAUAUAUGAAAUUUUGCUAAAUAAAUGGAAGGAUUAUAUAGUUACUUUUAUAAGUUUAAUUGUGUGCCAAUAUAGACUAUUCUAUUAAUAAAUGUAACCAAAUUUAAAAAAUAAGCACUAAAUAUGCAACUAGACUUUAAUUUGUUUUCAACUGCAUAUUCUUAAGAGACCACUUGCAGGUAAACAUUAAAAUAUUAAUGUGCUUUAAACUAUAUAGGUAUUACUCCCUUCAGUGAUGUGAAAAGUUUUUUUUUUUUUAUUUAGGAUCUGUUAUACUCACGACCAAAUAAAAUAAAAAGUGCCCUUAAAAUUGGUGCACCGUGAACUAUUACCAUAACCAUUAAAUAAAACAUUUUUAAAAUACUUAAGUUUUAAAAAUCUAACAGCUUUAAUAUAUUCCUGAAAUAUCACCUUAUACACAUCAUGCAUAAUUAAAUACAUAUGAAUUUAGCCAGUUUAAUUUUUAUAUACUAUUUUCUUUUAACAAUCUUUCAGUUACUUUUUUUUAUUCUUAUAUGUCUUGUGUUUAGUCUGUUAAGGUCUACAGUAGAUAAAGUGGUGAUAGUUAUUUAAUUGUAGUCCAAGUCUGUAAAUACUCCAGGGUUUGUAUAUUAUUAUUUAGACACUGCCAUAUUCCAAAAUGCCAUUUCUUCUCUCUCCCCAAGAUGUUUAUAAAAUUGUGCACAUUUAGCAAUGUCUUUAAUAAAAUGUAAAUGAAUUGUGCCAUUUUUUUUUUUGUAGAUUAAAAAUGGUAAGUAACUACGAAGUGCAACACAUGAAAUAUCUCUACUAGUCCCUUACUCUGUACAUAUGCAAAUAAUUUUUGUCUAUUUCUGUAUUAAUACAGAAUAUCGUAUACAGUAUUUUAUAUAAAUUUUAAAAUUUAAACUGAAAUUCGGGUGCUAUAUAUGUACAAAGUGCAGAAUGUUUCUCAGAUGUGCCUCUUUGUGUGUAAUGAACUUUCAUAAUAAAUGUUGGGAUAGGUACAAAC